AUGGCGCUGUCGCCGGACGAGUUUCUGUCUCUUGCCAAACGCACGCUGUCCCUGCCGCCGGACGCCUCUGCUGCAGCAGUUCCAAAGUGCUACUUGAAAGAACUGGAACGUCACUUGAAUCUGUACGCGGAUGACACCAACUUUGCUAUCAGGUUACAGCCUGGGACCGGACUGGGCAUUGUCAGAUGCCUCGAAGAAGGCUGCAACAUCGACAUACCGCUGGUUCCCCGAAUUUCGGUUGCAGACGGGGGUAAGAGAGAUGGCCUCGGGUCGCUCUCAGGCUAUCGGACGCAUAUAAGCAACCACCCCGCACACAAGCAAAGCCGCUUGAAGAGGCUGAAAGCCGAGCAAGCUCGGAAGCUCGGAAAAUCAGUUUCGACCCCUGCAUCGACGAGCAAUGCAAUGGCAUCUUCAUCGUCUCAGGUGAAGACGCCCAGCGGCACGCCGAAGGCGAGCCUCCUGAGCGUGCUAGACGCUAGCUUUGACACGGAGGCACCUACUUCUCGUGCCAGGGGCUCAAUCAGCAUGCCCAGCACGCCACCCAAGUACCGAUCAUCUUUUGCUCCCCCGAAGGCUGCAUCAGGGGAGCCGGAGCGUUUCAUUUCGCCUUUCAAGCCUCCCAAAGCAGUAUCGCGGGAGCAGGAACGAUACGUUCAAAUGUUUGAUACUGCGACAGCGAAGGCAGAGCCGAUCGAGCUUACCGUCCCUCGGAAGCGCUACUCCGACUCAACGUUCCCCACGCUCAGUGAGGAGUCUGAUGUGACAUCUCACCUCAGCUCCUCUCCUGUCUCCCUAAAGAAACAGAGACUCUCGUCCCCGCCUCUGCUACCUCCGUCCUCCGAUGCUGCGGAGCCCGUUGCCGGACCCUCGGGUGUCAAGGCUGCUGCGGAUGUCGACGACAUCCGCGAGCAGAUCUUCGACGUCCAAGCUGACAUUGCGCAUCUGCAACCACAGAUCGACCGCAUCGCGAGGAAGAAGACGAAGACGAAGGGCGAGGUUACGAGGCUGGCGAAUUUAAACGCGCGUAUGGCGGCUUUCAAACAGAAGAGGGACGACCUGACUACGUCGCUUCCCAGCUCCACUAUGGCGCGGUCGCCGAAGAAGGAGGCGCAUGCGCCCGAGAGGGCUGGGCAGGUGCGGAACAUUGGCCCGACGGGGCCGUACGGCUACGUGGGGCGCCAGUUCGUCCAGUUCGGCACUCAGGGAGUACGGAAGCCGGAGAUUUCACCAUUCGCGCGGCCGGAGCAGAAGUCUCACACUCCCAAGGUCGAGGAGAAGCCUGUGGUAUUCAAGCGGUCGGAAUCGCGCGCACCUGAAAUCCCGCGCCAUCUGCCAUUCAGCCCCGUCGCGUCCGGCUCGAACGCGGUGGUCAAAAUGGAUGUGGACGAGAAGACCCGAGUGCUGCCCAGAGGACCAGAGAAUUUGCCCCCUGGCCGCGACUUCAGCGAGCCACUCGACGACAUACCCUUGGUCCCUGGGAGAUACAGGGAUGACCCUCGGUUCGACGAAGAUGGCGAUUUCUAUGGGCGGGGCAAAGACAAGUUCGCUGGGCCCGUUGCAAAAGCGGACGAUAUCGACAAGUUCCUGGUUGCCGCGGGCAAUGCAGAGCAGUUUGACGGCAACGCGUCGGUGGACAGCGCGCUCGAGAAACUGGGCCUGCAGAACCUGUUCGACACGCUCCCCGGGAUGACGGUCGCGCUGAUGCCGCACCAGGCGAUCGGCGUCAAAUGGAUGCUAGAGAAGGAGAAGAGCCAUUUCAAGGGUGGGUGCAUGGCGGAUGAGAUGGGUCUCGGGAAGACCGUACAGAUGAUGUCUGUCAUCGUUACGAACCAGUCCAGCGACCCUAUGCAGAAGACGACCCUUAUCGUGGCACCACUGGCUCUCCUUGAUCAGUGGCAGCUGGAAUUGCAGACGAAGACGGAUUGUGGACUCAAAUGCUUAAUCUAUCAUGGUGCGGGCAAACCGAAAAAGAAGUCAGACUUGAUUAAAUACGAUGUGGUGCUGACAACUUAUGGCACCCUUGCUAUGGAGUGGCCGGACCCCGAAGCUGAGGAGAAAGCACAGAAAGCACGAAAGCAGCAGAAGCCUAAGAAGGACGAGGAAUUUAUCGUGAGCGACUCUGAAGACUCGGACGAGCCAGUCAAGAAAAAGUCCAAGAAGAAGACAUUGGGUUUGCUGUUCCAAGUGGAUUGGUGGCGAAUCGUACUUGAUGAAGCUCAGAAUAUCCGGAACAAGAGGACUCGGGCUUCACGCGCCGUCACAAAGUUGAGCUCGAAGUAUAGGUGGUGCCUCUCCGGAACGCCUAUCAUCAAUGGCCUCGCCGAUGCCUAUGGCUUGCUUCGGUUCUUGGAAGUACGGCCUUGGUACGAUUGGAAUGAAUUCAACAGCCACGUCGUGCGUCUGGAGAAGAAGAAUCCAUCAAUGGCUACAACUAGGCUCCAAGUGAUCUUUAAGUCGAUGCUCAUCCGGCGAAAGAAGGAUUCGAUGUUGGACGGAAAGCGGCUCAUAGAGUUACCCGCCAAGACCAUCGAGCUGCACAAACUGCAGUUCACCGAGGAAGAGCGUGAGAUCUAUAAAAUGGUUGAGGUUAAGUCGCAAGCGGUGUUCAAUCGCUUCCUCCGUGCUGGGACGGUGCUAAAGAACUAUCAUCAAGUUCUGGUCAUGUUGCUCCGGCUUCGACAGAUCUGUUCUCAUCCUGCACUCAUAUAUGAAGAAGGCGAGGCUUACAGCGAUCCGGGUGACGAGGAUGACAGUACCGUCCGGCCUGAAGCCAAAACGGAGCUGGCCCGUGCUGCUCAGUUGAUAUCGCCUGACUUUGUAGCCCGGAUGAGGUUCAAGUUCAAGCAGGCGGCCCUACAUAGGAUGCAAGCAGAGAAAGAGUCUGCCGAUGCCACGGUAGACGAUGAGGAAUGCCCUGUCUGCUUAGACGCAAUGGUGGAUCCUGUUCUGACUCCUUGUGCACACGUGUUCUGCCGGGAGUGUAUCAUAAAUGUCCUCAACCAACCUCAUGUUGACGAUCAGAACAACGAUAUCCGGUACAAAGCGGACGAACGACCUUGCCCUAGCUGUCGCGCCCCCAUCUCAUUUGCGAAGCUCUUCUCGCGACUGGCGUUCGAGCCGUCGGAUGAGGAGCUGACAGAUGACAGCGAACGGGUCGACAUAUCCCAGGUCAUGAAGAAGAGCAAGAAGGGCAAAGGCAAGGCCAAGCCGGGCAGUGCUCGCAAAAUGAUGUGUUCAUCUGACGCAGAAGAGGCCGGCGCUGACGACGUCGAUAUGGACGACGAGGAAGACGAAGAGGACGAGGAGGACGAUGACGAUAUGCGCGACUUUAUCGUGGAUGAUGAUGCAGAUGACGAUGAGGAGUAUGGCUCGCGACGGCCUAGCAAGAAGGCCCCUGUCGUCGUAGAUGGUGACGAUGAAGAUGGGGAGUUUGCACCGCCCCGCGCCAACACCAGGAAGGGGAAGGGGAAGGCUCGAGCCAUCAUCCUGGAUUCAGAUGACGAAGAGGAUGCCGAGGUCAUCUUUGGCAAGAAGGAGCCGGAGCCCGAGCGUCCUGCGGAUGGGAAGAUUAGGCUCAUGUCGAAAUUCUUGCCGUCUACGAAGAUGAAGCACAUGAUGGAAAGUCUGCGGGAAUGGUCUAAAACAAACCCCGACGAAAAGGUCUUGAUCAUCUCCCAAUGGACCUCGUGCCUCGAUCUCGUCUCCAACUACCUCAGCGAGAAUGGGAUGAUCCAUGUCAAAUACCAGGGUAGCAUGAAUCGCGCAAUGCGUGAUCGCGCCGUACGCGUGUUCAUGGCGAAGGACAAGGCCAAGUACAUGCUCAUGUCACUCAAAUGCGGUGGCGUCGGGCUGAACCUCACACGUGCUAACCGUGUUAUCUCGCUGGAUCUCGGGUGGAGCGAAGCGGUCGAGCACCAGGCAUUCGACCGCGUGCACCGGCUGGGGCAGCACCGUCCGGUGUUUGUCGACCGGCUCGUUAUUGAGAAUACGGUAGAGGACCGGAUUUUGGCGCUUCAGGAGCGGAAGCGGAACCUUGCCGAAGGUAGUCUGGGCGAGGGCGCUGGAAAGAAGAUCGGGAGGUUGAGCGUUAGGGAACUUGCGAACUUAUUCGGCAUGGACACGAGAGGGCGUCUCAUCGGAAAUUGAACUCAGCUAUCCACGCGGUCCGUUCCGUACACCUUUCAGUGCGCUCCAUUUUUUCAUUCAAUCCACCUUUUUCGCGCUGUGAUCGUUAUUUUUAUUUUUCUUAAGCGCUAUAUUAUUGGCACAUUAAUCCCAUUCCUCAUUCUUCGAUACACCCUCUAUCCACUGCUCGGAUCUAUAUACG